AUGGAUAAGCGUCAAUCCGCUGCAAGCACAGUGAAGGUGGAGUCCUCGUAUCGGACGCGUGUCCUCGGCGAUGGUGGUGGUCAGGCUUCUACUACAAUGAUGGGCUAUAAUCCCUCAGGAAAACACGUAUUCACCUUGUACAAUGGCGCCUGGAAUAACUUCCAUUCUUCGAAUCACCAAUCCAUCCCCUCGUUCGCGCGAAAGUUCACGGUGAACAAACUAGUAAGGCUUACCCAUCAAGUUGGCUUGACAAUCAGUCGUCUACGGACCUGCAGUCGUCGCGUUCCUCCGUUCCGUUCCGCCUAUUCCGUGGCGGGGAGUGCUUUGGGACGGAUUUUCCGAGAUGUCCAAGUGAGAAUUGGUCAUGAAAUCAUACCUACGGAAAUUGAACAUUGCGGUGGACUCAUGAAGGUCUUCGGUGGAUGGAGUCUUGUCUACUGCAGGGUGACCAAAGUGACAUCACCGUCAUCUGAGGACAAAUCCCCCGUCAUACCUCCUGCGCCAAACACAGAGGGCUUUGUGAGCGCUAGAGCAAAUUUCAUCACAAUCACAAAGAUCUCGGAAAUGAAACGAACGGCUGAGCAAAGAGGAAAUUGUCACCCAAGACAGUCUCUGCCGUUUUAUCGGUUCGAUGGCAGCAGAAACCAGAGAUUAUGGGGCUGGGGCGAGGGUCGUCAGGGUCGACGAGAUCGUCGUUUCAUUAAAGUGGUACCAUUGGUGGAAUCAUUCGCAGUGUGGGGUAGACAGCAGGGCGUUCGGACUGAGCAGAGGUCGAGGUGGAAGUCCCCAAAGUUUCUAGGACACCGGAGCCAAAUUCUCAAGCGCAGCAGCAAAGCACAACCUUCGACGACACGACAUCAGAAAUACAGGUCUUCUCCCGCUGUUUCAUGUCAAACGACGUAUAUGUGUGUCUUUCAAGCAGAGGAAAUUCAAAAAGCGGAGUCCGGUGAGGUCCCGGGGUUCUGGUGCGCGAGGUGUCAUCCCUCCCCAGAGCAGGCCUCGCGGGUCACCGUCGACACCAGAAGACUGGCGCAGCUCCAGAAAGGUGACGGUGUCCUCGAACAGUGGGCAGAUGCAUCAGAUAUUAGCGUAGAGACAAAAAAAGCGCCACAAGAAGACGACGGCAUUCGAAAGCUGACGUCCGUUGGAUCUAUAAAAAGUGGGACGGUGAUCAGAUGGUCAGGCAUGAGGCUGGCGAUGAUCCAAAGCAGCAAGAAUGCUGUGGUCAGAAGGUCCCGGGUAGCAAGUACUCUGUAUUGA